UCUCUUUUCUGCCUUCGUAUCCUCUCUCUCUGUCAUGGAGCUAUCUUUCGUUUUGUUUCUCACCCCCCUCUCUGAGCCAUUCUUCCCUUCUUUUCGGUUAUUUUGAGCUCUCUUGCGUUUUGUUUCCUUUGUUUUUCUUUGUUGGUUAAUGUGACUUUUCUUCAUGGAGACGUACUGAAAUCUGUUCGGGUCUUCAUUUCUUUUGAUACCUUAUUCUUGAAUCCGUACUCUUCUUUCUUGUUUUGGGCGUUGGGCUCUUCCUCUUCUUUCGAACACUUCUUGCGCGCCAGAACUCCGAUGGCAACUGUUUGUCAGAAAUGUGGUGUUACAGGUUACUCAGAGCUUUUAGUUCACUGCAGUAGUUGCAAGAUUGCUGCCGAGCAUCGAUAUUGCCUGGACAAGAUACCAGACAGUGAUGUACUACAAGUGCAUUGGUUGUGUGAGCAGUGCAAAGCUAGGAUUCACAAAUUAGCUUCUCUUAGCAAGCCUAAACACAGAAGCAGCAGGAUAUGGAGGAAACACAAACAUACCGAUAUUUGUAGAAACGAAUAUGGACAUCGGGGGACACCACGUGCUGUAAAAUCCCCUUUAAGCUUGAGGUCUCAGAAUGAAAAUUUUAGUGGCUUGCAAGAUACAGAAAGAAGUGGAUCUCAUGAGUCCAUCAGACUACCUUCCAGUCCCAAUGUAGCAAGUGCUUUAAAAAUUGACCAGGCAUGUGCUGGUUUGCUGCAGAAGGAAAUUCAGAACCUUGUGCAUUCAUCUAACAAGUCUGUCGGGGAUGACAAGUCAAGAUCAAGAAUACACAGAUGGCGAUCGAUCCUAACCAAAGAUGAAGUAGAUGAUGAGAAUUGUAGGCAUUCAUCUAGCAAAGUUAUUGAAGGCGAGAAGCCAGAAAGCAGGCGUCGACGAUUUUUCUUAACCAAGGACCAAGAUGAAGCUUUGCCAUCAUCAGGAAAUGCUCAAGAUAUUGCUAUCAAGUCAAAAGUACAAAUUAGUGCUGCUGAUGAAGCUUUGAACGAGUUGCAGAAUGGUUCUCUGAAUGCAUCCAAAUCUCAAGCAAUGAUGCAAGCCAAAACUCAUGACGCCGAAAGGAAUAUUUCUCGUCACCAGAUGUUUAUUGAUCGUCAAAUUUAUGAACUUGUGCGACCCAUGAUCGUCUGUGUUUGGAGUGGAUGCUUUGAAAUUUGUAAUGAAGCUUAUGGUCCUAUUAAAGCGCAUUUAUCGAACAAAGCAUGUGAGAAAGUUUGCAUUACUGCAGCAAAAUUGCCACCUGUGCUUCAGAUGGCAAAGUUGUCAAAGUUGGAGGCAUGGCCAAGAAGCUUCAAAAAUUCACCACCUAUGGGGGGCAACAUUGCUCUUUAUUUUUUUCCACACAAUACGAGGGCAAAAUUGAUGCUUGAUCGUUUGCUGUGUGAUGUCAUUAGCAAGGAUCUUGUGCUCAAAGUUGUAUUGAAUGAAGCUGAGCUGCUUAUCUUCCCAUCUAUUAUAUUGCCAGAAGUUUACCAUAGAUUCCAAGGAAGUUUCUAUUUGUGGGGGGUGUUUAAGGGAAGGCAAGUUCCAGUCCAUUGUGCACCAGCAAGUUGAAGCAAAAGGUGACUUUGGAGAUGAAGAUUCCUGUCGCUGUACAUUCAAGAGAGCAGUUACAUUAUCAGUCCACCAGGAAGUGCUCAUCAUUGUUUCCAAUACGAGUGGAGGACUUUCAAUGUAUAAUCUAGCGUGGGCAGGAAAGCUGUAAAGCUUCCUUGUACCCAAUACAGUUUCUGAACUUUUGCGACUAUCGUUCUAACAGGAAUUUUUAUUAUGGCUCUGAUCUAAGUUCGCAUAUGAUGCUGGCGAUGAAUUGUGAACACGCAGGACAAUCCUUGUGUAGUUU